GAUUUUCGUUGUUUUAACUGCAGUUGUUUUUGUUUAAAACCUUUUUGUAGACAUGAACGAGCACAGCUCUCGCAGCCACAGCAUCUUCCUCAUCAACAUCAAGCAGGAAAACAUCGAGACGGAGAAGAAGCUGUCGGGGAAGCUCUACCUGGUCGACCUGGCGGGCAGCGAGAAGGUCAGUAAGACGGGAGCUGAGGGCGCCGUGCUGGACGAGGCGAAGAACAUCAACAAAUCUCUGUCAGCGCUGGGAAACGUCAUUUCAGCGCUGGCCGAGGGAACGAAAUCCCACGUGCCGUACAGAGACAGCAAGAUGACUCGGAUCCUGCAGGACUCUCUGGGGGGAAACUGUCGCACCACCAUCAUCAUCUGCUGCUCGCCGUCCAUCUACAACGAGGCCGAGACCAAGUCCACGCUCAUGUUCGGACAAAGGUGCAAAACUCUAACUUUUUAUUUUCAUGGACCAUCAAUGGACCCGUCGAUGUUUGGUAAUUGUAAAAAUGACGGUGACUCAGGGGCUGCAAACAAGCGAGCAGAUGGCUUUAAUUUUCCUGCUGCGCGUCGGGGUUUAUUUCUAUUUACAGAUUCCUCUCACGAAACUCGUUCCGCUAUUGUUUUGUUUUUGGCUUAUGCUCAUGAUGCCGUCUUAUUUUUAAUUAUUGUUUUUUUGUCUUCUAAAACUUAGAAUUACUCAAAAUACUGCACUUUCUCUAAUCUUUCUCUAAACAGUUUGAAGCAUUCAGUCAA